CCGCAGGGCUGGUGCUUGGGCGGCCCUGGGCGGCACCGCGCCCGGCGCGGGGCAGCAGCACAAGCACAAGCAUGCCGGGCAGCGACACGGCGCUCGCCGUGGACAGGACGUACUCGGACCCGGAGCGGCACCGGCGCCGCAAGACCAGGGUGGAAAGACAUGACAUGAAUACCCUGAGUUUACCACUUAACAUCCGCCGUGGAGGUUCUGAUACCAACCUGAACUUUGAUGUACCAGAUGGGGUCCUAGAAUUUCACAAAGUCAAACUCAAUGCAGAUAGCUUGAAACAGAAAAUCCUCAAGGUUACGGAGCAAAUCAAGGUUGAACAAACAGCUCGAGAUGGAAACGUGGCUGAGUAUUUGAAACUGGUCAACAGUGCAGACAAGCAACAGGCUGGGCGCAUUAAGCAAGUCUUUGAGAAAAAGAACCAGAAAUCUGCCCACUCCAUUGCCCAGCUGCAGAAGAAAUUGGAACAGUAUCACAAAAAGCUCAAGGAUAUUGAACAAAAUGGAUCUUCCAAAGCUACCAAGGAUACUUCCAAAGAUAACUUGAAAGAUGUUCAACAUGGAAAGUCUCGUAGCACUGGGCACGGAACGGAGAGCAGCAAGUCGGGUGUGCCGGGUGUAUCUUUGACACCACCUGUCUUUGUUUUCAGCAAGUCCAGAGAGUUUGCCAACUUGAUCCGAAACAAAUUUGGUAGUGCGGACAACAUUGCUCAUCUCAAAAAUACUCUGGAUGAAUUUCGGCCAGAAACGAGUUCUAGAACCUAUGGGGGAAGUGCCACCAUUGUUGCCAAACCAAAAUACGUUAGUGAUGAUGAAUGCUCAAGUGGGACCUCUGGAUCAGCAGAUAGCAACGGGAAUACCUCCUUUAGUCCUGCUGUGGCAAGUACCCUGGACAGCCAAGGAAAGCUUUCCAUGAUUUUGGAAGAACUAAGGGAAAUCAAGGAGACACAGUCCCAAUUAGCUGAUGAUAUUGAGAAUUUAAAAACCCAAUUUAAAAGAGACUAUGGCUUUAUUUCUCAGAUGCUACAAGAGGAAAGAUAUAGAUACGAAAGAUUGGAAGACCAGUUAAAUGACCUCACUGACCUUCAUCAAAAUGAGACAGCAAACUUGAAACAAGAGCUAGCCAGCAUAGAGGAGAAGGUGGCAUAUCAGGCCUACGAGCGAUCACGAGAUGUUCAGGAAGCCUUGGAAUCAUGCCAGACCCGGGUUUCCAAACUGGAACUCCAUCAGCAAGAACAGCAAGCACAGCAGUCUGAAACAGUCAAUGCCAAAGUGCUCCUGGGGAAAUGCAUAAAUGUUAUCCUGGCCUUCAUGACUGUCAUCUUAGUGUGCGUUUCUACUAUUGCGAAGUUCAUUGCUCCUAUGAUGAAGAGCCGUUUUCAUAUCAUUUGCACUUUUUUUGCAGUGACGCUGCUGGCAAUAUUUUGUAAAAACUGGGAUCAUAUCAUUUGUGCUAUAGAAAGAAUGAUUAUACCAAGAUGAAGCUGUUGGACUGUCUGUUUUUUUCCUUUUUCUUUUUUCCCCCCCCACCUCUUUUCUUCCCCUCCCGGUUUUUUAUGCACUAUGUGUAUACAAAUUCUGGUGAAAAUAUAUAAAAGUAUACUUGUUGGCAGUCAGUUGCCUGUUCAAUUCGAUUUUGUCUAACUGGCUGUAUCCGUGAUGAACUGCUCACUUAAGUCAGUCUUCUGCCUUAAUCCAAAAGGUUUUCCACUUUCCAAACCCAUACCCACAAAAGAUGGUAUGAUGGUCUGGGAGGGAUCCCAGCAACUCCAAGUUGCUGGUCAGGUGUGCUUUUAACUAGGCUGGAGUGCAAAGAGUGUGAUCAGGAGGGAGUGCCAUAAUGUGUAUCAGCUAGUUGGACUGAUAGUUAAUUUUCUCUCUGAAUCCAACUAGAGUGAUAAGCCAAACUAUGCAGUCGUGUGUAUCAGUAGCUCUAAAUUCUAAAUCAAUGCGUAAUAUUACAUGAGAUUUUGAGUUUUCAAGACUAACAAAACUUGAUGCUUCUGCUAGUAAUUUUUUGCACAGGAUUUAUUGUUUGUAAAUAAGACCAGUCAUGACUAUUGACCAGUCAGUUGUUCUGUCCUGGCACUGUUCCUUAUCACAUUCAGGAAACACAUACAUGUGGCGUAAGACUUCCAAAGAGGAAUUGAAUUGAAUUAUAAGAUCCCCAGGCAACUUUGUAAAGGACUUAAGAAGCAAGUAACUGGUAAGAAAGUUGUCAUCCACACCAAAGCACUCACUUGUUCAAGCCCUGCAACCUGCAAGGGGAAAGAAGUACACAGAAAGGCAACAUGGAGGUUAGCCUUUGUUAGCACUGAAUUGUUGGGGUGUUCUAACUGAAUGCAAAGCAUACAGGUGGUGGGACCCUGGGUACAGUGGAUUUCUUUCUUCUUUCAGAUUAAAGAAUGUGGCAGAAACAUGAGGGAACAGCUUCUUAGGGGGAGCAGGGAGUUAAACUUCUGUAUAUAUAGGAACUAUAGACACUCUCAACAAACAUUCCUGAAAAUAAUGGAUUAACAUGCAGUACCACUACUAGGAGACAGGGUUGGGUUUGUUUUCCCACUGGAAUUUAUUUUGUGUGAUUUAAGAACUGCAAAUAACUUGAAAUCAGCUUGGCUUUCAGCCAUGAUGUAAAACAAGAUCUUUAUUAAAAAUAAACAAACAAAAAACACCACAAAACAAACCACCACAAACAGAAUUCUUCUCCACUCUCCAUGAAGUGAAAAAAGUGUCUCCAAUUAUUUGAUGUUCAGUGUUAGUAACUGUGAAAAUAAUUGUCAUGACAUAUUUUCUUUUCAGUUGCAGUAUUUUUUAUGCUGGUAUUAUGGGAGGGUGGGAGGGAGGGCA